AUGCACAAAAUAUGUGAGGUUGACCUCGACUUUCGACAAAGAAAAGAUGCUGCAAGAAUUCCAGGUCAUGGCCCAUACAUGAAAAUGUAUGCCGUUAUGAAGUGUCUUUGUAAAGGUAUCCCACCCGAUAGCAUUGAUGAUUAUACCCGUAUGGAUGCUUUUACUAUUUACUAUUAUAUUAAGAAGUUUUGUGAUGCAAUUAUGUUUGGGUUUAAUACAGAAUACAUAAGACGUCUCAUUGUGAAUGAUAUCAAGUGGCUGAUGAAGGAGAACACAUCUAGAGGGUUUCCAGGAAUGCUUGGUAGCCUGGACUGUAUGCAUUGGGGUUGGAGGUCCUCCAAUUUGUUUGAUGACAAUCUCAAUGGUAUUGCACCACCUCGUCAUUUUACUAUCAAUGGGAACCAGUACACGCAGGGGUAUUAUUUAGUGGAUGGAAUUUAUAAGAGUUACUCUGUGUUAGUCCAAGCUUACGGUGCACCAAGUGGUAUUACAAUUCUCGAUUUAUUUAAUAAAUAUCAAAUGGCUAAGAGGAAAGAUGUGGAACGGGCAUUUGGGACACUUCAAAGUAAAUUUAGGAUCCUUUACCAUAGAUGUAACUACUGGGAAAAACAAGAUAUGAAAUUGAUCAUGAGAACCUGCUUGAUAUUGCAUAAUAUCGUUGUAGAGGAUGAACAUCGUGAAGCGGAGUGGAAAUAUGUGUCAGACCCACCUCGUGCACGGAUCUUGAGGCAGACGAGCGAGGCAUUAAAAAACCCAGUUCUUCGGGAGAGACUUCGUACGGAUCUUGCAGCUUAUAUAUGGGAACGACAUGGUCAAGGUCUAAGGAUGGUGACAUGCCUGGAGAUGCGCUAG